CGCGCUGUUUUAGCUAGUCUGGGUAGUUUGUCUUUACAAGAAGGACAAGGAUGAUCUGUCAGGCAGAAGAUAGAUCUUAACACAUGUUUUCUUUAUGCUAUUUAGUAACCUCUUGAACAUAUUUAUUCCUAGAAAUCAGCACCCUCAAAAAGUGCAGGGUUAGAUCAUGUUUAUGAAGCUGUGAAAAACAAGAAUGUUAGUUUUGAGGUGAAUAUUUUAAACUUGAUUUUAACUAAUCAACUUACGGUUGCUAACACGGACUAAUCUUUAUGCCGGUUGCAUCCAAUUCACAUUCUCAUUUACCCACAUUGCUAGUUACCAUUGUUAUUAUAAUAUACGCUACCGUAGCAGCGAGAAUGUUGACACUUGUUUAUGUUCGUUGUUCUCUAAAAACAACUACUACGUGUAAUGAAAAGAAUCAACAUUAUUUUCUCGCUUUAAUAACUGCUGGUUGACGACCAACUGCUACACAAUAGUGCCUAUAUAGUAACACUAACCAAUACUUUAAGAAUAGUUUCUUAUAUUCAGCGUCGGGUAGAGGUACUGUAUGCCGAGCACCAGAUGCAGUCCAGGGGGAGAGCUGAGACAGCUGUAAAGUUGCUAGAUAUGGGUUUCAAUUUGGAAGAUUGUAUAGAGGCCGCUAAGGCUUUUGGAGAUAUGAAACGUGCCCUUGCUUACUUACAACAGGAGUGCCCACUAUGUUAUGAUGAGAAGCCCAUGAGCCAGGUAAGAGACAUAUACGUUCUAAACUGUUUUUACCAAUGAAAACUGGCCUUUAUUGAUACAGUGAAGUAAGGCCGCCAUCACUGUUUAGUCCAGUGUUACUGCAGGAGAAUCCCAGAGAGUUUGAGGUAUUGGGUAGAAUCAAACUGGAACUCGCGCUGAAAGUAAUCUUGCUUUAUAUUUUUGCAACGAAAUGACUUUACUUUUCAUUUAGAUGAUCACGUUUUUGAGCUGUCGGGACAAAAUCUGUAAGGAUUGUUUGGCACUUUAUCUAACAAUCCGUAUUAAAGAAAUGCAUAUUCAUCAAAUUGUCUGUCCUGUGUGUAGUUUACCCGAUCUCAGGGACGAGGUUGCAGCUGCAGUGUAUUUCAACAAUCUCAGUAUCAUGGUAAGACGUCUUGCGUAGUAUCUUGUGUUUAUUUGUUAUUGUUAUUUAAUUUUACACGCGAUAAUCACAAUAAAGAUAAGAUGGUUUAGUCUAAUUACUCUAAUAUGUACAAAUAAACCUUGAGAUGUAUUUUCAAUUUAGAUGAGAGGGCUUGUUGAUCCUGAAACGCACGAUCUUUUUGAAAAGAAGCUGCGUGAUCGCGCUUUGAGGAAAGAAGCGAAUUUUAGAUGGUGUGCACACGUAAGUACAUUGAAGGAUUGAUGGUAUAUGUAUUGGAGAGAGGGAGGGGGUAAGAGUGGGGCGGGAAGGGGUGAAGGGAGGAGGAUGGGAGAGAAUGUGGGAAAGAGGAGGGGAGAAGUUGGGGAGAAUGGCAAGGAAGAGAGGAGGGAGGAAAUUGAGAGGGAGGAUGGGGGAAGAGGGGAGAAGGGAAGGAGGAAAGGAGUCAAGAAAGGAAUAUGAAAAGAAAUGUUGAAUGAAUGAAAUAAAGAAUAAGUUUUACACUUUUUUUUUCAAACGAUAACUCGUAUACAGACCCUACUGGUAGCAGCUGUAAAAAUGCAAACCUACUAUAGGGCUUACGUUCGAAAGAUUCCAUCUACAGUACAUCUACAUUCAGUUGCGUUGAACGGGAUGUCCAGGGUCUUAAGUUUUCCUUUUUCUUCAGUGUUCUUAUGGAUUUAUCAACGAUUUUCCAAACGUAAACAAGAUGCAAUGUCCAGACUGUCAAAACUUCACCUGCUUCGGGUGCAAAAAACCGGUAAGAUCAUUUCUAGAACAUCUCGGAACAUUGUGAGUAGUCACGUACUAAGUUAGUAUUUCACGUUAAUUGAUAUUUUUGUAGUGGGAAGAUCAACAUGAAGGAAUCACUUGUGAACAGUUUGCUCGAUGGAAGGAAGAAAACGAUGAAGAAUAUCAACCUGCUGGUUUCGCUAGACAUUUUGCUCGUAGUGGCAUCG